UGUAUUCUCUCUGGCAUCAUGUCGGUGAAGGGGAAGAAGGUGCUUCACAUGGACCGAAACUCAUACUACGGAGGAGAGAGCGCCUCCCUCACGCCGCUCGAGGAGGUGUAUAAGAGGUUCCAGUUGCCCGGGAGCCCUCCGGAGUCGAUGGGGAAAACCCGGGACUGGAACGUGGAUUUGGUGCCAAAGUUCCUCAUGGCAAACGGUCAGCUGGUGAGGAUGCUGCUCAUCACGCAGGUCACUCGGUACCUGGACUUUAAAGUGGUUGAGGGGAGUUUUGUGUUUAAAGGAGGAAAAAUCUACAAAGUCCCGUCCACUGAAGCAGAGGCUCUGGCAUCAGGUCUCAUGGGUUUGUUUGAGAAGCGGCGUUUUAAAAAGUUCCUGACGUUUGUGGCUGGUUUCGACGUGAACGACCCAAAGACUCUGGAGGGGGUGGACCCACAGAAGACCACCAUGAGGGAGAUCUACAGCAAGUUCAGCCUGGGCCAGGAUGUCCAGGACUUCACUGGGCACUCGCUCGCCCUCUACCGCACAGACGAUUACCUGGAUAAGCCCUGUAUCGAGGCCAUAAACAAGAUCAAACUCUACAGUGAAUCUCUGGCCCGAUAUGGAAAAAGUCCCUAUCUCUACCCCCUGUAUGGACUGGGAGAGCUGCCCCAGGGCUUUGCAAGAUUGAGCGCCAUCUACGGAGGCACGUACAUGCUAAACAAACCCAUCGAGGAGAUCGUUGUGGAGAACGGGAAAGUGGUGGGAGUCAAGUCUGAAGGAGAGAUCGCUAGGUGUAAGCAGCUGAUCUGUGACCCCAGUUACGCCCCAGAUCGAGUGAAGAAGGUGGGACAGGUGAUCCGCGUCAUCUGCAUCCUCAGUCACCCCAUCGCCAACACUGGAGACGUCAGGUCCUGUCAGAUCAUCAUCCCCCAGAACCAGGUCAACAGGAAACACGACAUCUACGUGUGCAUGAUCUCGUUUGACCAUAACGUGGCCUCAAAGGGAAAGUACAUCGCCAUCGCCAGCACCACGGUGGAGACCAACAACCCCGAGGAAGAAGUGCGGCCGGCUCUGGACCUGCUCAAACCCAUAGACCAGUGCUUCACCAGCAUCAGUGACCUGUACCAGCCCACCGACAUGGGCGUGGAGAGCCAGAUCUUCCUCUCGCGUUCAUACGACGCCACGACUCACUUCGAGACGACCUGCGACGACAUUAAAGACAUCUACAAACGGAUGAUGGGCGCCGAGUUUGACUUCGCCGAGAUGGAGAGAGGACAGAACGACAUCGUGGGAGAACAGGAUUAAAAAAAUAAAUAAAUAAAUACCACUCCCUCAAAUUAGCAUCAUAUCAACUGCUGCAACUCCAACACCAAACUCACUGUGGACCUGUAUGAUUCAAUAGACAAAAUAACUAAAGACGCACUGUGGAACUUUUCAGUUGAGGGUCUGUCACUUUCUAUGGAUACGUCAUUGCUCUGCCUGGAAUGUUCCACAGUAUGACAUUAAACAGCUCUACCUUAUAUUUAUUCAAUUACAGGUGCUUUUAUGCCUCAAAAAUACUUGUAACUUGGUCUGGUUUGGUCUCCAUGACGAUAGAAAGUUUUAAUGCCAUACUGCAGAACAUUCCAGACGAAGUAAUAACAUCAGAAAUAGUAUUUGACAGGCCCUACACCCGAAAAGUUACACAAUGCACCUUUAAAAGAUGCACUAAACUUUUCCACAGCGCCUCUUUCUGCCACGCGCUCGUCUCCAUGGUUAUCGCUUUGCCAAGAAUGUUCCACAAUAAGGCAUUAAACUAAACUAUCUUGCACAUAGGUAUUUUUAUUGCCUUGACAUCACACAUUUUUUUUCAAUAAGCGGGCUCACCCCUCCACAUAUCUGACUCGUAACUCUGCCUCGCCCUCUUGUUUCCACGGAGAUGGAUACAUUUAAUGCCAUAUUGCGGAACAUUCAAGGCAAAGCAGUGAUUUUUUUAUUUUUUUUCUCCAUAGAGAGGAGCAGAAAUGUAUAAAAAUAGUAAAAUGCACUGUGUUAAGUUUUCUACAGUGUUUCUGCCUCACACUCGUCUCCAUGGUUACUGCUUUGCACAUAAGAUAUAGAAGUUUAAUGCUGUACUGUGUAACAUUCAAAGCAAAGCAGGGUUUUUAUUUUAUUUUGUUUUUUAUUUUGCCACACAGAGACGAGCAGAAAUGUUCCGCAGUGCAGCUUUUUAAAUAUAUCGCUGCUUUUCUUUUUGGAGGGUUCAUUAUUCUAGUCCCGAGAUGCCAAAUAGUUCUAGUUUUAUCCACUGAGGAGUGAGUAUUUUUGAAGGAUUUAAAUCAAAAUAAAUAAAAACUAUAACCAUCUCAGGUGUUAAAAGGCAAUGGGGCUUGGUCGUCUUUGAGUGUUUUUCUCAGUAAUAUCAAACCAAGCGUUAAGUAUUAUGUUUUCAGCGUUAGCAGGGGACGUGGGAAUACAAUCUGAAUGGGAGUCAAUGGAAAAGAUGGACUACAUUAUUGAAAAAAGUGGAAUUCAAAAUAUAUGGUAAAUGUUGGAAUAUUUACAGUUUAGUUCAAUUAGAAGUGGAAGUUCAGAUGCCUUCAUUUUGUUGUUGUGCUUUGUUCAGGUGAUAAAUACAGGGCAAAAUAUGAACUAGAAUGUGACUUUUUACAUUUAAAUCGGGUAAAAGUUACAGUUUGAAGUUGUGUUGGCGUUUUAUAAUUCUAAUAACAGUAGUUCAGAUGGGACAGUCGGAGUGUAGUGUAAUCUGUGUCAAACUCAGUUUCCCGGUAGUUAAAGCAAUAAAACAAACUGGUGAAAAUGCAAUACAAACCAGAUAAUACAGAUCAGGAACAUUCUGUGAAGUAAACAUUUGACACCAGGUAUUAAACUGGAUCUAAAAUCAGGUCUUUAAACCAGGUAUAAACAAAGGUCUAGAACCAGGUCUAAAUCCAGGUCUCAAACAGAUCUAGAAUGAGGUCUAAACCUGGUCUAAAACAGAUCUAAGACCAGAUCUAAACCUUGGUCAAAAAAGGUCUAAAAUCAGGUCCAAAACCAGGUCUAGAAUCAGGUCUGAAUCGGGUCUAAACAAGAUUUAAGACCAGGUCUAAAGCUUAGUCAAAGUUCUAGAAUCAGGUCCAAAACCAGGCCUAAAACCAGGUCUAAACUGGAUCUAAUAUCAGGUCUUAAACCAGGUCUAAACAUAGAUUUUGAAUCAGGUCUCCAAAGGUCUAGAAUCAGAUCUAGAUCCAAGUCUAAAACUGGGUCUAAUCUGGCUCUAAAAUCAGGUCUUAUUCCAGGUCUCAACAAAGUUCUCAAAUCAGGUCUAGAUCUGGGUCUAUAACCAGGUCUAAACCCGUGCCAAAAAUGGAUCUAAACCUGGUUUAAGCCUUGGUCAAGAAAGAGCAAGAACCAGGUCCUGAACCAGGUCCUGAACCAGGUCUAAACCAGCACUUCCAGAUUCACAGUCAUUAAGUGUAUUUUUUAUUUUACUUAGUUCCUCUUUCUUACCAUCGUGAAAAUGUUCACUUCCCAGUGCAAUUACUUCUACUACUACUGCAAUAGAGUUUUGGGUACUGUUACUGUUAUUAUUUAUCCAUGCUUGGGACUGGUGCAAACAUUAUAAACAAGGCACUUGCGUCAGAUUUCCCAUUGACUUCCAUUCAUUUCCCUCCCAGCCCGUCGCUAGCCUCUAUUAAAAGCACAUUGCGUAGUUAGCCAAAGCCAGCUAAAGGGGGCGCUGUUUGUAAUUCACCUUUCGACAAAAUCAUUUCUACUUGUAAUAUUGUAGUCAUAAAGAGAGUAUAUGGCGUACGUGGAGUCUUAGUUGUACUGUUUCUCCAAUGCCAAGCCGUCGAGCAGAAAAGUCCUGUGUGAGAUGUUGUGAGAUGUUGUGAGAUGUUGUGAGAUGUUGUAAGAUGUUGUAAGAUGUCCGCCGGCUGAGGUGGGGAUCGCUCUUAUAUUUUUGAAUAACGCGAGCGGUCGGUAACUUUUAAAAUGCGUAAGGACCAAAUGCAGCAGUAUUGUUACAGACGUCAAUCUGUACAAACAUAUCGGGGCUCAGUGAUUUCUGUACUGCAAAGAAAUAUAUUAAAACAAAUGGAAAAGUG